AGUACACUGCGAUUUUCGCAACUCUCCCCUUGGCAGGUAUUGGGGGGACACUUUCAUCGAAUCGAGAGCUUAAUCGUCAUCAUAGUGACAUCACUAUAGUGACGUCUAAGCUCCCUAUUGGAUGAAACUGCCAACAGCUGGUUUCUGCCAGGGGCAGAAUUUUAUAAAACGCAGUAUAUGUUGCAACCUGAUUGACUUCUCUCUGGCUCUUCGGUCUUUCAUGGCGCCUGUGGCAGAGCCUGAGCGAGAAUGUCAGGUGUUCACUGCCGAUAGCCCCCUUAAGUUAAGUUUCCAAUCAAUCGUGAAAGACACGUACAUUGCCGUAAAAGUGCACUUUGACUAGUGAAUUUUCAGUGACAUGAAAACAGUGAUUAGAGGAAAAUUUGGGUAUUGUGUGAUUUUAUUAACUGAAGAAUGCAAAAGAAAGUCUGUGUCUCACCUUGUCAACCGCCGGGGUGUAUCCACCCAAGGAAAACAUGAAGCGUUUAUUAUUCAGAAAAGGCAUUAUUCCAACUUAAGGUUAGGGUUGACGAAGCCGCUACUGGUGAAUAGUUCCCGAACGUUUAUAAAUCCAUCAAGAAGUGUAGCAAUGAUUGUAGCCAGGGUUCUUAGAGGGGCGUUGAAAAUACGUUACCUCUUACUUGGAGGUGCUGUUGGAGGGGGCAUGACCCUUCAAAAGACUUACGAACAAUGGAAGGAAAAUCUUCCAGAUAUGAAGUGGUUGGAUGAAUAUAUUCCAGACACUGAGCAGUGGAAUGCGCUUAGAACUUCCCUAAUGGAUAUAAAGGACAAAAUAGUUGACAAUGUAGAAAUAGAUCCAAGGCUAAAGGCUCUAGGUGAGGCACAAUACCAGAACUUUCGAAAUUGGUUUGACAAGAGAUUGAAUGAUGCUAUUGAAGCAGCAGAGACAACAAAUUGGGAUUCAUCAUCACUAAUUAAUAGUAUUGAUUCCUUGUCAUCAAUAGUAGAAAAACUCUACGCAGAAUCAAACAGCGACUUGAGGUUGAAUGCUAUGCCAUUUUCAAAAUCGAGCAAUCAAGAAGGAAAGGGAUCUGAGUCUCCUCAGCAGCGAAUGGAUCAUAUGCAAGAUGAAUUGAUGCAAGUUCAAUUAAAAUACCAAAGAGAACUAGAGAGGUUAGAGAAAGAAAAUAAAGAACUGCGCAAGCAGUUACUAUUGCGGGGAAACAAGGCUCCUGCAAAGAAAAAGUCAUUGAUUGAUAUGUAUUCAGAUGUGUUGGAUGAAUUAUGUGAAUAUGACUCGAGUUAUAGCACACAGGACCAUCUCCCUAGAGUUGUUGUAGUUGGUGAUCAAAGUUCCGGGAAGACAUCUGUGUUAGAAAUGAUUGCACAAGCACGGAUUUUCCCUAGGGGAGCCGGGGAAAUGAUGACUCGAGCACCGGUGAAGGUAACAUUGAGUGAAGGACCCUACCACAUUGCUCAGUUCCGGGACAGUGCCAGGGAGUUUGACCUCACCAAGGAGUCAGACCUAGCGGAACUACGGAGGGAGGUUGAAAUACGGAUGAAGAACAGUGUUCGCGAUGGAAAAACUGUAAGCAAUGAUGUCAUUUCAAUGUCUGUAAAAGGACCUGGUCUUCAACGAAUGGUGUUGGUUGAUUUACCUGGUAUUAUCAGUACUGUGACAAUAGACAUGGCUGAAGAUACGCGAGAUUCUAUCAAAAAUAUGUCUCAAAUGUACAUGUCUAACCCCAAUGCAAUUAUACUGUGCAUUCAAGAUGGUUCUGUGGAUGCAGAACGUAGCAAUGUCACAGAUCUAGUGUCUCAGAUGGAUCCUCAAGGGAAGAGAACCAUUUUUGUUUUGACAAAAGUGGAUUUAGCAGAAGAAAAUUUGGCUAAUCCAGACAGGAUCAAGAAAAUUCUGUCAGGGAAACUCUUCCCAAUGAAAGCUUUGGGGUACUUUGCAGUUGUGACUGGUAGAGGCAGGAAAGAUGAUUCUAUUCAGACCAUCAAAAACUAUGAAGAGCAGUUUUUCAGAAGUUCUAAACUUUUCAGGGAUGGUAUGAUUCACUCGGGUCAAGUAACAACCCGCAACCUGAGCAUGGCUGUUUCAGAAUGUUUCUGGAAAAUGGUUCGGGAGACUGUUGAACAACAGGCUGAUGCUUUCAAAGCAACACGUUUCAAUCUUGAGACGGAGUGGAAGAACAAUUUUCCAAGGUUACGUGAACUGGAUCGUGACGAGUUGUUUGAGCGAGCUCGUGGUGAAAUCCUCGACGAGAUUAUAAAUUUGAGUCAGGUGUCACCCAAGCAAUGGGAAGAACUUUUAAUGAAGAAGUUGUGGGAUAAAGUUUCAAUGCAUGUAUUUGAAAACAUUUACUUGCCAGCUGCACAAACAGGAAGUACAGGCACUUUCAAUACAACUGUUGACAUCAAAUUGAAGCAGUGGGCUGAACAACAACUGCCUCAGAAGUCAGUUGAAACUGGAUGGGAAAGUCUACAAGAAGAAUUUCGGAAAUUUAUGGAGCGUGCCCGUAAAUCAAAAGAUCAUGAUGAUCUUUUUGAUAAUUUGAAAGCUGCAGUAGUUGAUGAUGCUAUGAAUAGGCAUUCAUGGGAAGACAAGGCAAGUGAAAUGCUUAGAGUUAUCCAGUUGAAUACCUUGGAAGAUAGGUCUGUAUAUGAUAAGCAACAGUGGGAUCAAGCAGUGAAAUUCUUGGAAACUAGUGUAAAGGAAAAAUUGCAGGCAACAGAAGACAUGUUAAGAGCAAUGUUUGGGCCUUCUACAAAGGAGAGGUGGGUGUAUUGGCAAUAUCUGACUCCAGAUCAAAGCAAGCGAUGUGCUGUGAAAAGUGAAUUGGAGAAAAUUCUUUAUUCAGAUUACAAACAUUCUCCAUCUCUUUCAUACGAUGAGAUAACUACUGUGCGCAAGAACCUACAGCGCAGUGGUGUUGAGAUAGACAAUGAGUUCAUAAGAGAAACGUGGCAUCCAGUGUAUCGACGUCAUUUUUUGAAGCAAAGUUUAGCUCGGUGCUAUGAUUGUCGAAAAGCAUUCUAUCUAUAUCAUCAAGGACAUGAAUCAGAAGUGGACUGUGCUGACGUGGUGCUUUUCUGGAGGUUACAACAGGUACUCAGAGUGACAUCAAAUGCUUUGAGGCAGCAAGUGAUGAAUAGGGAAGCUCGCCGUCUAGACAAAGAAAUAAAAGAAGUUCUAGAGGAUUAUAGUCAAGAUAAUGAAAAGAAAGUUCGACUGCUGACAGGCCGAAGAGUAAUACUUGCCGAGGAAUUAAAACGAGUGAGACAAAUUCAAGAAAAAUUAGAAGAAUUUAUUCAAGCGCUAAAUCACGAAAAGUAAUUUUGCCCAAUGUUCUUUCCUCUUGCAGUCAGUCAUUUUUUUCUAUUGUGUGAUAUUUCAUUCCUUGUAAAGUAUGCAAUAAUGAAUCACAAGCCUGAUAGUCAAAUGUGUUUGUGUAGGUGAUCAUAAAUAAAUUAAUAAUGAAUAUACUUUUUUUGAUAUUGUUUCAGAUAUUCCUCAGGCAUUCAUGAACUUGAAUCCCAAGAUCCUUUUCCUUCCCUCUGUGUGCAAUAGCUACGUAUCUUUUUUGCUACUAUAUGUUACAUAUUUUUUUUUAUGCAAUUUUUGUAAAUAGUGAUAUUAGCAGUCACCCCAUUUAUUUAUUAAAUAGUAAAUAUAUUUUGGGUUGUUAAAUUUUCAUUGUUUAUUGAGAUGAGCAAUUAUAAUGUUCUCUAUCUUUUC